GGAACCCAGCAAGAUGAAGGCAUGUUCCGGGGACAUGUUUCUAGGCAACACCAAACAUUUCUACUGUAGAAGUUGGGAUGGUUCGGGUAAAGUCAAGAUAUUUGCUGUGUGAAAUAAACAUCUCCGUCCCAUCCAAUCGGUUGUUGCUGGAAGACAGACCGAUCUUCUCGGCAGUGAAAGAUGCCGUGGCGAGCAUGCACGGUGACUAUGGAGCGGCACAAUGUUCCAUUGGAUUCUCAGUCAAAUACGUGAAUGCACUCACUGGCAUAAUGCUUAUACGCUGCCCCAAAAGUUCUUACCGCCUCAUCUGGUCUGCGCUGCCUUUCGUUACCAGCGUGGAACAUAAAGGAAGGAAAAUCCCCCUUUUCCUCAACUGUUUGCAUGUCGGAGGAACAAUCAGAACAUGUCAGAAGUUCCUGGUUCGAUACAAUACUCAGCAGCUCCAUAGAAUGCUCCCUCAAUGUAAAACCACAGAUGAGAAAACUCAUGUUCGUCGUGCCAUACUCCGCUCUUCCACAAAAAUGUUGAAGGGAAACGAACAUAAAGAUGAGAGAGACUGAAUUCAUAACUUAUUGUUAUCUACAUUGUUUAUAAUGUUGCUUGAUAUAGAUGGUAUGAAUUAUGCCCCACUAUAGUGUUAAGACAAAAUAUUUGUUCGUUUCCAAUUGAUUUUAGGGGACAUCAGAAUUAUGUGAAAUAAAGAUUGCACCAGAUUUGUUGUGUGUUUUUGUAAUCUAUUAUAUCCCCAGUUUUGCUGUUUACUUCCCACGCUGUUCUGGAUUUGAUUAUAAAAUGGGUUGCAUAAGUAUUGAAGUUCUGCUCAUAUAAAGAGCCAGUGAACCAGAAAACGUUUUUAAUUUAUUUAAAUAAAAUAUAUGAUUGUCAACUGAGUAA